AGUAACAAAAUACCAGCGGCUACCUCUUCCAGCAUUUGAGGGGCGUUACACGCCUCUUUUUUAUUGCCCCACCGAUGAGUACACAGCAUGGAAGUGGCGAUUUGUAAGACAGAUCUGUCUGCAACAAAAUUUAUGCUGCCCCCAGCGCUGCCAGCCGCAGCGGCAAUCGCAACAACAACGGCAACGGCAACUACACACUCCUUCCUUGACAGGGCGGUGCACUUCAACGAACUCCUCAAUUUCAACGCGGGACAACACCUGUUUAAAACUAGCUGCAAUCCCAACUCCUUCUCGAACAACAGCAGCAACAGCAGCAACUGCAGCAGCAGCAGCAACAUGCGGCUCAAAAAGAACAGAAAAGUCACAUUUCUGUCCAGCCUAGUUGAGUCCACCACAAAGUAUAUUAAAGAGGAACCGGUUAAUGGCUGCAAAGAUUUGACUGUAUGCAGUUUAUCGGAUAUUUCAGAUCAUGAAGCUUCGCUGGGUAAGUAA